AUGCGAGCAUGUCUUGCUCGGAGUGAUUUUUCCAAUCUCGAUUUCGUUAAAAAAAAGGAAAGCCACCUCGAACUCAUGGAUGGUGCAGUUCGCGCCAUCAUAGAGGCAAUCCAUGCCAGUCCCUCCCAGGCGGUUCUCUAUGUAACUGGUGGUGCCUCUCAGGCUCUUGGGUGGCUCAUGUCUGUGCCAGGGGCUUCCAACACUAUUCUUGAGGUUCUUGUUCCCUACUCUCGUGCUUCCAUGGCUCAAUUGCUGGGAAAGGUUCCUACACAAUUUGCUAGUAGACAUACUGCAGAAGAAUUGGCAUUGUUGGCUUAUAAUCGUGGAACUCAACUUUCAAAGACUGGUGCCCCAGUUAUAGGUUUGGGUUUUACAGGGUCUUUGGUUGGUGGACAGCCGAAACGUGGAGACCACAGGUUUUACUUGUCAACUAGAACUUCUAACCGACUUUGGACAUCUGAGGUCACUUUAUCAAAGGGUCUACGAGAUAGAGAACAAGAGGAUAAGGUUUCAAGUUGUUCUGUAGUGUCGGCAGUAGCAGAUGCUUGCGGGGCAACAAGUGCACCUAUCUCAAUGCUAACAGAAUCUGAAGUGCCUUAUGAAUGUGAAAGAAUUUUCAAUGAGGAUCAAGAAUUGCAACAACUUAUAGAAGGACAUAUAUGCAUGAAAAUCUAUCCAUUUAUGCAUGAUGAAAACAACUCUAACUCGGAGAGAAAGAUUAUAUUAUCAGGCUCAUUCAAUCCCUUGCAUGAAGGGCAUCUCAAACUGUUGGAAGUAGCUUCAAGCAUGUAUCCUGAUGCCUAUCCAUGCUUUGAGAUAUCUGCUGUAAAUGCAGAUAAGCCUCCACUAACAGUUUCCCAAAUAAAUGAACGAGUUGAGCAAUUUAAAAAAGUAGGGAAAACAGUCAUUAUAUCCAACCAGCCAUACUUCUAUAAGAAGGCGGAGCUUUUUCCUGGGAGUGUGUUUGUAAUCGGUGCAGACACUGCAGUAAGGCUAAUUGAUCCAAAGUAUUAUGGUGGGGUUUAUGAACGGAUGGUGGAGACUCUGGUGGGCUGCAAAAAGGAUAGCUGCAUAUUCCUUGUGGGAGGUCGAAAUGUUAAUGGUGUCUUCAAGGUUCUUGAAGAUUUCCCAAUGCCAAGUGAGUUGAAGGGCCUGUUUGUCUCCAUCCCAGAGGAGAAAUUUCGUUUGGACAUCUCUUCCACAGAAAUCAGGGAAAAGCUUAGGUAGCAAACUGCUGACGGUUGAGAUGUGCCACAAUAUAACAGAAAAAUAUAAAGAUCUCCAUAAGUAUCAAAGUGGUGGUGCCUUUCCAUAAAUCUAUUUCUGCUGAUCUUCCGAUCAUAAUUAUGAAAACCAAAUAAAAUCUC